AUGCGAACUCUUAGUAGAAAAGAUGGAGCGGAGUUCGACAUCACGUUCGAGUUGUCCGCGCCCGACCUUCUUUACGGUGGUCUUGGUAUCUUCCAGGCCGGCAAUUAUUCGACACAUGACUGGGUCAUGCCUGCGGGAAGAACGAACGGAUGGAUAUCUCUCAGUAGAUUCAACCUUACCAUUGGCUCGGAGAAGUCUCUGACCUGGUAUGACAGGCAAUGGGGACAAGUACCUCAAUCGUGGACCUGGUUCCGGUUACAUGUUCCCAACGAGGAAUCAGGAUGCCCAGAUAAUCUCUAUUCGAUCUUAGUGUGGGACGAUACCCCGGACGGUACGGGCGCAUUCGCAACCGUAAAACUCGGUGCUUCGACACAGACCAUUCCUGUUCAGACCAUGGUCCCCGGACACAGAAACUGGACUUCACCCUAUACCGGGUAUACGUACUCCAUGGAUUGGUAUGUGAAGUUGGCCGAUGGUAAGGAUCUUGACAUAUCCACCAUUAUUAGAGACGACCAAGAGCUGCACAGUGAUGGCGGUGGCGCUUUUGCAACUUACUAG